CUUUCCGCUCGUAGUUUCCUAUUGCCGUCAACGUCAUGAACUCUCAAGCAGCCUUUCUCUGGAACUCUUAGCCAACGAGUAUUACAUGAUAAUAGAGGAGCAUAUAUCGGAGAUAAAUAGAGACAUGCGUGACCAAUGUAACUUUUGGAUAUUAGUAUCCGGCAUUACGAGACCUCGUCGGGCAGUUGCGUCAAGACUGACGAGGCUGCGACCCCAAGGCAUCGCAAUGGGAAAUCUUACCAAACAAUCACCUGGCUCAGCCCCGGUCAGUUCUCCUUCCUUUGUAAUGGAGAGACGGGGAUAAGGACGAAGGAUGGGAUGUUGGGAUGGAUCUCUGUGGUUGUGCGGGAUGGUCGUCGUCUCUGAGAAUCGGGCCUACUCUUCGUCCUACAUCGCCCCCGCCGCAUCUAUGCAUGUCGCAUGCCCUCCACCCAUUCUUCACCAUCCCUCCGCAUCCAGGAAAAUGCUCUCUAUAUUGUUUGUUCGACGUUGGAAGGCCAUCCGCAUUCCAUUCGUUCCUUCCGCCUGACGUGCACAGCCAUCAACGUCUUCCCGCGCUCAAAUGCCACCCACAGGUCGAUCCUCAAGCGGAAUUUCAGCCACAGCGCCGUAGCCAGACCAUCGUCCAAGCCUACGUCGAAAGAGUACCGCCAGCUAUUCAAUUCUCCAGUUUAUCGAGAGAGACGAGGCCUCGAUGGGAAGGAACCUGUGGAUGCUGAUCAUAUGUCGACAGGAGAGGUCCUCUGGGUGUUGACGUUCAUGUGCUUGGACGAUGAAUCGAUGAGGGCCAAUACCCUCCACCCGAACACCUUCAGCACGUGUCGGUGUAUUCACGAGCUCGUCAUCAUCAAGCAUUUUGUACGACACUCUCUCAAUAUGGCCUAUGAUUCCGCAUAUACGAAGCUCAAAGAGUACUUUGACACAAAGGAUGCAUACUGCGGUUCAUUUGAAUAUGGAGAAUAGGCGUGUCGACGAGCAAGAAAGACUACAGCUCCUCGUCAAUA